GAUUGCGAAUUUCAAAGAGCUGGAGCAAUUGGAUCUCAUCAAUUGUGGAAGGAUGUUGAAUGAGGCAGCGCUGUGGCAAACUGUUGACUGCUGCCCAUCGCUAAAGAUCCUGAAUAUAUCAAACAUGUAUUUGAAAAAGGAUUUUUGCGAUCGUAAUCGAUGUGUCAUGGAGAAGACAUUGAGCAAUCGCUCUCAGGAUUUAACAUUGAAUUGCCACAACAUAGGUGAAAACGAGAAGCUGAUCCGCCAGCUCUUCAAGCAUCCACGAUUGAAGCUCUCUUUUGUGCCUUUAAAACCGCAUGACGUCGAAAUGAGCCUGAUACAAAUGCAUUUUAAGCCUUUGCUGCCAUCCUAAGAGUCAAAUACAUAUGUGACAACUUUUUAAGGCUUUUGUUUCGACUGUUGAAACAUUUGUGAUAAGAUGUGCAAUUUUAUAAAUCGCAUAAUAAAU